AUGGAUCUCUUGGGACAUUUUGAUUACUCGUCUUAUGAUAGUUACAAUAUAUCUAUUUGGAAUGAUACCUAUCAAUAUUACCCGGAUACUUCUAACAAAUCCUGGAAUUCCACAGGACAAGUGGAGUUGUACUAUGUUCCAGUAGGGCUUAUUGUUCUAUUGGCUUUCCUGUACGGCUCUAUCUCACUAUUUGCCGUCAUUGGUAACGGUAUCGUCAUUUACGUCAUCAUGGCGAAUAAGAAGAUGCAAACAGUGACAAACAUUUUCAUCGCUAAUCUAGCCCUUGCUGACGUCAUCAUAGGUCUUUUUUCGAUCCCGUUUCAAUUCCAGGCGGCCCUUUUACAACGCUGGGUACUGCCCUAUUUUAUGUGCAGAUUAGCCCCGUUUGUCACCAAUAUCAGCGUCAACGUCAGCGUUUUCACUUUAACAGUUAUAGCGAUCGACCGUUACAUUGCUGUCAUCUACCCUCUAAAGGCGGGGUUUAAGAAGCAAGUAGCUGCCGUAGUACUUGCUAUCAUUUGGGUUGUUGGAAUAUCGUCCAGUUUGCCGAUGGUUAUCCACUUCCGGGUCGGAUUAAAUUUGACCCCUAAAGGAGACAAGAUUCCAUUUUGUAAUCCAAAAUGGCCGAAAAGUUUUGGAAGAUAUUACUAUAUGUAUUUGUUGGUCGUACAAUAUUUGAUUCCACUUAUCAUCAUCAACUUCUCUUACUUUCGGAUUGCCUUUAAGAUCUGGGGUACUAAGGCACCAGGACAGGAUAUAGACCGGAGAGACAACGUAAGAACGAGGAACAAGAAAAAGGUAGUGAAAAUGCUGAUAAUCGUUGUCUGCCUGUUCGUCCUGUGUUGGAUGCCACUCCAGGUGUACCAAGUCCUGUCCGAACUCUACGUGGAAGUUAACAAAUACAAGUAUAUCAACAUCAUAUGGUUUUGUUCAAACUGGUUAGCAAUGUCCAAUUCCUGCUACAAUCCGUUUAUCUACGGUCUUCUUAACGAGAAGUUCAAGAGGGAGUUCAGACUACUUUUCCGCGUUUGUGCGUGUCGACGUUCUGAAAAGGAGAGUGAGUUGGGAGAAUACUCCGACGACAGUGCCAUAAAUCGGGGAAGUACGGUGAUGCUGAAUGGACGAGAAACUCUUCAGCUCAACGGCAAAAUACAUAAAUCACGCAGAAACACGAGACCUACGCACACAAACGAGACGGAACAAAGUAUGAUAUAG